AUGUCUGAAGCUCAAAAAAAACCUCUUCCUUUCGGUUUCCAGUUUUUGGCUGGUGCUAUUGCUGGUGUAUCAGAAAUUCUUGUGAUGUACCCAUUAGAUGUCGUAAAGACAAGAGCACAACUUAGUACAGGUACCAAUACGGGUAUUGUCGAAACGAUGAAAAAUAUGAUCAAGCAAGAAGGUCCCGCCUCUCUCUAUCGUGGUAUCUUGCCACCUAUUAUGGUUGAAGCACCUAAGCGUGCCACCAAAUUCGCUGCUAAUGAACAAUACACCACACUCUACAAAAAGAUCUUUGGUUUUGAGAAAGUAACUCAGUCUUUAUCUAUUUUGACUGGUGUUAGUGCUGGUAUGACAGAAGCUGUCUUGAUUGUUCCUUUUGAACUUAUCAAGGUCAGAAUGCAAGAUAGAUCAAACCUUGGUAAAUACAAUGGUACUGCUGAUACUUUCAGAAAAGUGAUUGCUUCCGAAGGUGUGUUGGCUUUGUUUAAUGGUUUAGAAGCUACCAUGUGGCGUCAUGCCGUCUGGAACGGUGCCUAUUUUGGUUUGAUUUUCACUGUCAAGGAUAUGUUGCCCAAGUCUAAGGAUCCUAACCAACAACGUAUGACCAACUUUGCUGCUGGUACAGUUGGUGGUAUUGUUGCUACUGCUUUUAAUACACCUUUUGAUGUUGUCAAGACGCGUGUCCAAAGUUAUAAUGGUGUUGGUCCUAGAAAAUACAAUUGGACAUGGCCUGGUUUGGCUACUGUCGUGAGAGAAGAAGGUGCUGCUUCAUUAUACAGAGGUUUCUUGCCGAAGGUUUUGAGAUUAGGUCCUGGUGGUGGUAUCCUUUUGGUUGUUUUUGAGACUGUAUCUGGCUUUAUUAGAAAGAACAUCUUGAAGGAAGAAUAG